AUGGAGUCGAUCUUGGGACAAAACGACCCCAAUUUGCCUGAAAUGCCUGAUAAAAUGGUUUCUAUUAGUAGUACAUGUGGUAUCAGUACUCCCGCUGGGAAUGAAGCUGAGGAAAAGAUACCUGGGCGAACUACUGUGGGAGGAGGAAAUCUAGAAAAGCUAACACAUCAGGAGCUUGUUAACAAGUGCCGAAACCUGCUAACACUAGCACACAGGGCUAAGGUUGCUAAAGAUGAAAUUGCUGCAGAAUUGAAGCAAACAAAGCUUGCUUUAAAAAAUGCUGAACCAAAAGAUAUACCCCAGAUGGGGGAGGCAGAAGCCAAUGCUUUGCAGGAGAUGGUGGCUAAUCUCACAGAAGGAAAGGUGGCUCUUACUACUAAGAUUGAGUCUCUUCAGCGGCAGUUAAAAGUUUCCUCAAGUGAAGUGGAUUUUCUUCAGUCAACAGAGAAAGAGUUAAUGCAACAGAGAAAUAGUCUAGAGGCACAGAACCAUCAGUUGCUGAAAGAAAAUGAAGCAACUCUUCAGAAGUUGCAAGAAUUACAGGUUUCAUCUGCUGAGAAAUCUGAACUUCUCGCAAAAGCCUGGGAAACAGAAAAGAUUGCUUAUCAGGAAAAACUGGAAAAUCUUCAAGUACAGAUUGGUCAGGUGGACAUCCUCAAGACAAAAUGCAAGAAGUUUCUGGAGGAAAAGUCUGAACUUGAAAAUGAGUUAAAAAACCAACAAAAGCUUGUAGCUAAGAGUAUCAGGUUACAGGGUGAAUUGAAAUGUUUGAAAGAAGAAAAAAAGGCUUUAGACAUUAUUGUAGAAAGUUCAAAGAAGGAGAAAAAGACUCUUGAAGGUAAGAUUAAAGAUCUUGAGAAUCAGGAUCUGAAAUUAAAGAAAGAGAAGGAAGAUGUGCAUAAAAGUCUUAAUUUGAGUCAAGAUAGAAUACAGGAACUGGAAAAUAUGGUGAAAGAAAAGGAUACAUCCAUUUUUGAUUUAAAAAAUCAUUUCAAAGAAAUGCAGGAAAAUUGUCUGAAAAUUGAAGAAGAGAAAGAAUUCCUUGAAAGUACAAAGACAGAACUGGAAACAGAACAUCAGGCAUUAGCAACAAAGGUAAACACAUUACAGGAGGAGCUAAAGAUAGAAUUAGACAAAAACAGCCAUCUUGAACAGAUUCUCACUGAAUUACAAACACAGAAAACUGAUCAAAUAGCUAUGUCUCCCACAGAAGUUGAAUGCUUCAAAGAAAAAAUUGUGGAAAUUGAAAAAAAUAAUCAACAGAAAGACUUAGAAUUACAAAAAUUACUAGAAGAAAGAUCCAUUGCAGAAAGAUCUAUGCAGGAGGAAAUUGAGCACCUAAAAUCUAGAGAAGAACUCUUAAUGCAAGAAAAAAGGCAAAAUGAAGAUAAAUUGAAGAUGAUGUGGGUAGAUUUAGUGGAUUUAAAAAAUAAGCACACUGUAAUGGAAGAAGAGUCUUGUAAUAAUGAAAGAGAGAAAAAUGAUUUAACUGCUAAGUUGAAAGAAACAGAAGAAGAAAACAGGAAAUUAAUUGAACAUUCAAAACAGAGAGAUUUGGAACAUAUUGUCUUCAUUGAAAAUCAAAAAGAGUCUGAUGAGUUGAUUGCACAGGUUAAUAAGUUAAGUCUUGAAGUACAGCAACUUACUGAAGAAAAUAAGAAAUUAUUAAAAAGCUCUGAAGAUUUAGAAAAUGAAGUAUCUCUAAUGAGGGAAAAUGUAGAGGUUGUACAGAGGGAAAAAACGUCCAUGGAAAUAAAGAUUUCUAAGUUUGUUGAAGAAGUAGAACAAAGCUCUGAAAGUGCUGCAGUAGAAAAGGAUAGAGCUGAUCACUUAAGCAAACACAUAAAAGAGCUAAAAUCCGAGAAUGCAGAAUUAAAUUCCCAAGUGGAACUAAUUCAGAAAGAGGCUGAAAGUACAAAAAUUUUACUGGGUAAAUUGCAAAACAGUGGGAUUUCCAUAAUUUCAAUGUGCAAAAGAAUGUACCCUACCAUAAGCAAGACUAUGUUUAUAGAUGAUCAUGAAGAUGUCCUGACCAUGAUGCAAAUUGUUGAAGAAAUUCUUUCAGCAGCACUUGCCAAAAGGGAUAAUUUCUCACUUGAGAAAAAUAUGCAGUGUAUAGUUCAUGCUCUUGGCCAUGUUCAGGAACAGAGUAAAAACCUGAUUGAGUCGAGGGACUUUUCAGCUUGGGAGUCUCUGUCCUCAGGCUUCAACAAUAUCAAUAAAAGCUUAGUAACAUUUUAUAUGCAUGCUGCUGGGAUACUUGAAGUUGAAAAGGAUUUGCCUGUGGAAGAAAUAUUCAAGGAUAUAUCAUCACUAUUUGCUAAGCUGUGUACAGUUUUGAAAGAAGGAAGAAUAACAUUGAAUAAUGUUACAAGCACAGUAGAUGAGUUGAGAAAAGAGAAAACUCAUCUUGAAAAUAUAGCUGUUGAGACAGAAAAGGAAAAAGAAAUUAUUUCUCAAAAAUUGAAUGAUUCUUUAAACCACAUUGAGAGUAUUGUUAAAGAGAAAAAUGAACAGUUGGAGAACCACAAUAAUAUCAUUGCUGAUUAUGAGAAAUCUCACAAGCUGUUUAAUCAGUCCAUUGAGGAAGAAAAACUACUUUUAAAAGAAAGAAUAUCAGAGUUGGAAGUAAAGUUGCUGUCAUCAGAAAACAAAAGAAUUGAACUAGAAACUAAGUUAUUGUCGGGAGACAGUCAAAACAAAGAAAAAGUUGAUGAAUCAAGAGAGCAGUUCACUAUUGUUAAAGCUGAAUGUGAAGCUUUGGCCAGGAAGUAUAAAGAAGCUGUUACAGAAACGGAAAAAUUUGAACAAAUAAUUGAAAAGCAAGUUAAAGAUCUUCAGAGCCUCUCUAUAGAGAAAGAUGUUUUAGUUUCUGAGAAGAAUGCUGUUAAACAAGAGAAUGAAAGUUUAAAAAAUGCUGUGGAUAAUAUUACUAAGCAGGAUGCUGCCAAGGAGAAAAUUUGGUCAGAUGAAAAGCAGGAUUUGGAAAACAAACUUGCAAUAGCAUUUAAUGAAAUAAUUAUACAUGAGCAGGACUACACUUCUCUGAAUGAAAGCAAGAAAUUAGUACAAGAAAGUUUAACUGAAGAAAAAAGAAAGCUAGAAGAAAAACUUGAAGCCAUCAUUAUGGAACAGGAGAUUCAGAUCCAGGAAGCUGCAGCUAUGAAGGGAGAAAAUAAUGUUCUUCAGACAAAAAUCCAGACACUUCAGACAAAAAUAGAGCAACUUAUUGAGGAUGCAAAUAAGUUCCAGAGUAACAUGAAGGUUGCUAAAGAUGAAAUACAGGCUUUAAAACAUGAAAAGGAACACAUAGAGAAGGAACUUAAAGAUGCAGACAACCAAAAGCUUCAGCUGAGGUCUUCCAUUGAGGCGUCCACUGGUCGGUGUGAGGAUCUUCUGACUGAGCUGAAUGGAAUGAAUAAGAUUCUCCGGGAAAGAGGAGAAAGGAUAUCCCGACUAGAGGAUUCUAACAAAGAAAAAUCUGAAGAACUAGAGAAAACUACUAUUCAGUUAAAGGAAUUAAAAGUGAAGUAUGAAGCUGAAUUAGCUAGUAAGCAAGAACAACUACAGACCAUCACAGAGAGGCUUCACUCAUUUAACAGUGAUUCUACAGUCACUUCUCCUGCACAAAAUGACCAUCACAAUAGUGACUCUGAGGUUAAAACACUGGAGCAAGAGAAGACUAAUUUAAAGAAGACAGCCCUGCCAUUAGAUAGUGACCCUGGUUCAGUCCAUGAUUGUCAGAGUGAAGUUAUGAGCACGAGUACAAUAAGUCGUGCAGAAGAUACACAGCGAAUGAAAGAACUGGAGGACACAUUUGAGGAGAGGUAUAUGAAGCUGAAAAGUGUCGCCAUCAAAUUAAAGAAACGUGUAGCAGAAUUAACUGCGCAACUAAAUUCCUCGGAAGAAAUGUGCAGUAAGCUGGCAACAGAGAGGGAUGAUAAUAAGAAUAAGGCAUCCAAAAAUGUUCAGGCACUGCAAGGUGAAAUUGAUAGGCUGCAAGAUGAAGUUGACAGUAAGGCAAAAGAAUUGAAGGACCAGGGGAAGCAACUGGUUUUAGCAGCUGAGCAGUUAGCAGCAGUGAAGUCCGAACUUGCUGCAGCACAAGAUGAGAAUGGCCUUCUGCAUAGAACUGUUAAGAACUUAGAGGAGACCAUCUCCAGUCAAGAAACUGCAGCAGGAAGUCUUAGAGGACAAAUUACUUCACUAGAAAAGAGACUGUCAACAGAAUUGACAAAACAGCAAUUGUUAGAAGACAGAAAAAAGAAAGCAGAAGAAAGACUUGAAGAGGAAAGGCAGCGAGCAGCCCACGCUGUAAAGGAACUGGAGGAAGCUAAACAGGAUGUAAAAACUAGAAGUCUUCUAGAUCUUGAAAUGCGUGAUUAUGAGCUUACAGUAGAAGAACUAAAUGGGCAAUUGGCAGAGAAAGAUUACUGUAUAACUGAGCUGCAAGAAACAAUCGAGAGAGAAAAAGGACGGUCAAAUAGUCUUCAAGACCAACUAGCUCAUCUCACUACUCAGGAGGCCACUGAGAGAGAAAGAGCUGAGAAAAUGAAGAAACUUUUACUGGAUCACAAGACACAGUUGGCAGAGCUGCGCCUUGCUCAAGAAGCUCAAUCUGCUGCAACAGAAAAGGCCCAAAUAACAAUUGAACAGCUCACACAGAUAGAGAUCUUAGAAGAGCAACUCCUGAAACACAAAGUUGAAGUGCAGCAGCUGAUGGCUGAAAGGGAUACCAUCCGAAAUGAGUUUGAAGGAUAUAGGGUCAGAGCUGCCAGCGUCUUGCGGCAAAAAAGUCGUCCACCAGACGUUAACAUAAAUGAGCUGCAGAGUGAGAAGGAGGAACUCCAAGCUGAUUGUGAAGUUGCUCAGCUAAAAGUUCAACAGCUACAUACCAGUGUUGAAAUUUGGAUGCAAACAGGUGAAAACAGUAUUCAUUUAUAUGGCUCAGAGUGGGUGGAACCUGUUCAUCUCCCAGGUAAACAAAGGGGUUAUAGCCCUCCGCCCCUAGAACAACUUAUAAAUUCCCCUCUUACAUCCCAGGAUGAUAAUGUCAGCAUUGCCAGCAUCAACACAGAUGCCACUGGGAAGGAAAUGGCCAGGCUUGAGGCAAAGCUCAAAGUAGGGGAAAUGAAAAUCUCCCAAAACUCAACUUACAACACUUUGCACGAGUCAGAAGCAGAAAAUGCCAAAUUAACACAACUCUCGGAUGCUCUAAAAGAAAAAAUACGAAGGUCUGUGAGAAAUGAAGUUCGUGAAAAGCACAUGGAAAACACCGAGUACAUGAAAAAUGUGAUACUAAAGUUUUUAUUGCUGAAGAAUGGUGAAGAAAGGAAGCAUUUGGUGCCAGUUUUGAAGACUGUUCUACAACUCUCUCCUUCAGAAACAUCACAGCUUGAGCUCUUGGCUUUUGGUGAUGAAGGAGAAGGAGGUAGUCAAGCAGGUUGGGGCAGUUACCUACACCUUUGGUCUAGCAGAUAAUUUUAUGUUAAUUAAGCUUUCAUUAAUUUCUGGUUUUUAAGUUUCACCCAGAAAUACAAGAUUUUGUGAUUCCAGUUACACAUACAAAGUGUAUUAUAAGAAUAUUAAAAUAGCAAGUACAGUAAUAAAAUAAUUUAAAUGA